AUGUUUAUUCUAGAAGUGGCGGGCGGCGAAAGCUGGCGCGGCGUCGCCCGCUCGCCGUCCCGCGAGUCUGUCACUACGGACUUAUCGCUGUUCAGCGUCUCCAGCGCGGCCAGCGACGCGAGGGCUCUUAGACUACUCGCCUGCAAGGCCGGUCAGGGUCCGGAUCCGAACUUGCGAGUGGCCAGUCCACAUCCCGAAAGCAAGUUACAAAAACGGCCGUCGUCAGGGCUGCCGCUGCAGACGGCGGACGCGUGCAAGUCGCUGCUGGCGGGCUGCGCGGCCCUGUGCGCCGCGCUGGGGCUCCGGCGCUCGCUCAGCGCCGACGACGUCACCGCCGACAAGCCGCGCCCGCCGCGCAGCGCGACAUCAGAAGUGGGACUGUGCGCGGCGCUGGAAGCCCUCACGCUGAGCUCUGCCUCCCGGUCCUGCAGCACCUGGGUCGCAGUGGGCGGGUCACAGCUGCCGUCUCCUCAGCGCGCGAGUGUCCAACCCGCACAGCGACUACUCUCCGAUAACAAAAAGAUACGUCAGAACUAUAUAAAGCGGCGGCUGCUCACCACAUACAAGGCCUUGGAAAGAAUGUCUCAGUCCGAGUUCAAUUUGGAUAAGCUGGAGGCGGCGGCGGUCGCCUCGGCGCUCAGCACCGGCGGCGCGGGGCCCACCGUGCUGGCCGUGCCUACUGUGCCUAACGUGCACGCCGUGCACGCCGGGCCCACCGUGCACACACGCUUCGUGCAUCCAGAGGCAUGCGCCCUCGCGCUGACGGCGGCCGACCUGGAGCGCGAGCGUGGCCGCCCCCUCAGCAAGUACGAGAGAAAUAUGAUGAUCUUCAAUUGGCUUCACACCCUCGACGACCAGGCACCUUUCUAGGCUAUAGACUAGGAAUCCUCUAGACGGAGUUUACAGCAAUUAUUUCAUGAAACCGAUGCUGCCAAAAAUACUGGGGUGCGGGGGACGAGGGGAGCGAGUCCCGUGCCGUGAUUGGUCCGUUCAAAGACACGGACGUCACACAAAAACACUGACUCGAAAAUGAAGUAAAACUACCGUAUAUUUGUGGCAGAGUUACCGUAUAUUUGGGGUAGGGUUACUAUGCUCAGUCUGGAGGAUAUCUUGUCUGUGUUCUAGGCUAACUGAUAACCGAAACCUAUAUUGGUCAAAUCGAAGAGCAUAAAAAAAAGGAAUCUCGCUAUAAAAUGACCCGUUUUCAUUGUAAAAUGUGUUAGAGUAAAAAUAAGUAGGAAAAGGGGCGAGGCCCCCUAACCUCCUUAAGGAAGUACGAAAUAAUAUGUCUCUGUAAUCUUCAACUGGCUUCAUAACCUAGACCAGCGGUCGGCAACCAAUUAGCAGCCAAGGGCCACAUAGUAGUUAACGGAGGUGACGCGGGCCGUACUUUGUUAAUAUUUAUGACUUUAUGAGACAUUGUCGUUUGUCACUAUUACUUACAAAAUAGCCAAGGCGGCUCUCGGGCCACA